AUGGUCCGAUUCAAGCACAGGUACCUGCUGUGCGAAGUGGUGUGUGCGGAGCCCCGCUGCCGCCCGGGGCUGGAGGAUCGGUUCCUGGUCCGCCUGGUGCGAGAGGCCGUCGCCCGCCUGCACGGAGACUUCGGCGCCGCCGCCUGCGGCAUCGCCUUCACGGUGAAAUACCUCAACGCCUACACGGGAACAGUGCUGUUGCGCUGUCGCCGAGAUUACUACCAGCUCCUCUGGUCCACUCUCCCCUUCAUCACUUGCUUGGAGAACAAGGGGCAACGAUACCCGUGUUUCUUCAACACCUUGCACGUCGGAGGUACAAUCAGAAGCUGUCAGAAGUUCCUGAUUCAGUACAACAGCCGGCAACUACAGAUCUUACUGCAGAAGUGCACCAGCGAAGAGGAGCGGGAAUCCAUCCGGAAGUCCAUCCUGAGCUGUUCGUUGGAGGAAGAGCAAGGGCAGGAUGAGCUGUCCGACGCCGGAGAGGAGACCGCGGCGGCACUGGAGCCGACGGCUUCCUGAGAAGUCGGGCUUCAUCAAGAUGACAGCCUGACCGACCGAAGGGACAGGUGCAGCAAACGGCUCAUCCCGGCCCGGCCUAACCACCGCAGGGGCAGCCGGAGAAACGGAGGGCUCACACUUCCUCUUGUGCAUAUGAUUUAUUGCAACUGUUUGCCUUGGCCAUUACGGUACACCUAGGGUUCAUUGAAUUCAUCACCACCAACAACAACAACAAAAAGAAAACAAAACAACAUCACUUAACUCAGUUUCAAAUCAAACCCCGGGUAGAGGAGAGACUGUGCUUGUAGACGAAGCGGGAGGGAGGCCGGAGGAGCCCAGAGCCCAGCCGGGGAGGGCUGAGUUCGGGGCGUACGAGGCCCUGCCAUCUCCGCGCACAUUGGCGACUCCCACUCCCCUUUAUCGGGAACCUUUCCCUUCCCCGCUCCCAUAAGGUCACUGAUUUUUGCUCCCGGGUCAGCAGGCCGAGUGGUUAAGAGCCCAUCCCCUCUCACUGGGUGUCCGGAAAUCCAGCCCUCUGAAGCCGGCCCCUCUCCGGGACGGAGUUGGGAUAGCUGCCUGACUGGAGAGACGGCUGUGAUCGGAUCCUGAUUCCACUCCCAUCCCUCCCACUGUUAGGAAAAAAGAAAAAAAUCAAAAAAGUCGGAGAGACUAAUUAUCGAAAAGACGGGAGCUGCGAUUAGUGUGCUCCAUGACACCGUGCCUUCGCCCCGGGAGACGCAACGCAGCAGCCCGAGGGGGUGGGGGGCGGUUGUUUUUUGGCUAAAAGCAACCCCCCGACCCUCCGGCCGGCAGUCGGUCACUAAGGGCACAGCUUCCCGGAUUUCCAGCUGGGCCCGGACACGCGCCGCCACGUGACUCGGACGUCGGACCGACUUGGCACACGCCAGAAACCUUGGCGGACGCUUCUCUCGUGGGAGGGGGGGGUGUCAAUACUUUAUUUCGGUGUAAAGUGGUGAAGCUGGAAAAUACACUGUAUUUAAAAAUUA